GCACAGGCGGGAUAGCACUGUCCCUCUGUGAGCUCCUCGGGGGGUAGGAGGGUGCAGGUCUGCCUUUGCUGGAGGAGGCAGAGCUCCCUACUGCUCCCUCCGUGCAGCCUGAGAGUUCUGCUGGUGGCCAUGUCCUGCCUUCUCUUUCCCUUCCCUGCCAGCUGGCUGGGGACUGUGUACCUGGGGUUUUGUCACUUGAGGGAAGGUGCUUCCAGUUCCCUUCUGUAGCCCUCCUGAGCUGGGAAGUGACUCAGUAUGAACUGAAGACCUCUUGGUUGCCCUCACUCCUGCAGUUUUGCAGUCUUGCUGCACGGCAAACAAGCUGCAUUAAUGUCACCUGUUCAUCCUUCUGCUGGGAACACCCUUAGAGCCUUUGCCUGGCUGAGGUUCUGCUUUAGCUUCCAUGCUAAAUGGCUUUUUGUUUGUUAAGUGCCUUUUUGCCCCUUGUCCUGCCCAGUCCUUUCUUCCUGGACACUUCAGACAUCUGGUGCCAACACUCACUGUCCCUGGAAGCAGAGGAGGUGUCCUGGGACGUGACAGAGAUAGCAGCUUUGUGUAAGGCAGCAGAUGACAACUCAGACCUGAGCCACCUGGAGGGGAACAGCAAGGAGGAGUUGGCUGUGCAGGACCCAGAGCUGGAGGCCAUCAAAGCCAAACUGCAGGAGAUUGAGAAGGAGGACGAGAAGCUGAAGGAGUUGCAGCUGGAAGCUCAGAGUCACCUGUUUAUGAGCUCAGAGGCAGGUCUCUUCCCAAAGACAGCCAAGGAGAAGGUGGAGGCUGACCAGCGAUCCAUCUACGUGGGCAAUGUGGAUUACGGGGGCACGGCGGAGGAGCUGGAAUCUCACUUCAACAGCUGUGGGCAGAUCAACCGGGUCACGAUCCUCUGUGACAAGUUCUCAGGGCACCCCAAAGGGUACGCCUACAUAGAGUUCGAGGAGAAGAGCUCUGUGAAGGCUGCGGUGGAGCUGGACGAGAGCGUCUUCAGGGGACGAGUCAUUAAGGUGCUUCCCAAGAGGACCAACAUGCCUGGCAUCAGCACCACCGACCGUGGGGGCUACCGGGGCCACUACCAAGCUCGGUGGGAAGGCUACUAUGGAAGGCAGCACCCCAGGGUGCGAGGGAGGACGUACAGGGGUCGGGCAAGGCUGCUGCCUUGGUAUUUUCCAUACUAGAAAGGACUGGACUGCCCUGGUGAUGCCAAUGGGACUGAAACGAGAUGGGACUGGGAGAGAUUUAAAAAUAUGCCUACCCAAGCCAAAAAACAGAUUAAUUUAAAAAACGCCAUCUGCCUGGCUGUGAGGAUUUACUGGUGAGCCCUGUGCCAGGCUGUGGGAGGGAAGAUGGAAUCUGCUCCCUCCUGCCAGAAUCCCAGGAGGGGCUCGUCUCACCUCAGCUCAGGGGACUGUGUUUGCAUCGAGAACAGGCUCAUUCCAGAGAACGCUGUCCUGGGAAAGGAAGAGCUCUCCCAGACCAUCAAGUCUCCUUCUCAUCCCAUGGAAAAGGGCUGUCCAGGUGAUCUCCACCCCACUGCUCAGCCAGCAAGCUCCCUCAGCUCUACCAGCCCUUCUUACAGCAGCUGAGUGCUGCCUUCUCUUCUCCUAAGAAGAUCCUAAAGACCUUUCCAAAGACCAUUUUCUUUUCCAAAUUAAUGUCUUGGUUUGCAGCUCUAGCUCUGACUGCUGGGGAGCUUUUCCUUCAGCCCUGUGGUUUCCUGGUCUUGCUCUUGGAACUUGAUGUGGUUUGGGUCUGGUUUUUUGCUUGCUGCCUUUAUACAUCUAGGGCAGAGAAAAAAAAAUCCCUUGCUAAUUCUCUGGAAGCCUCUGUAUCUCUGGUAGGUAAACAAGACCUGGGUGUCACAAAACCCUUCCCCCUUUUUAUUUUGGAAGUCAGCAACCCCUUCUUCCCUCCCUCCUGCUUUUAUUCCAAAUCUACAAAGGAACUGCCAACUUUUCAUUUGACUUUAUUUCCAGCAAUAGCAGCAUCACAAAAUCACCUCUGUUGUUUCAAAUUUGGUCUGAUUUUCCUCUUUAUUCCCACCAUCAUUCCUGCUCUGGAUUUGCAUUGAGGAUGGUGCGAGCCCAGCUGAGCUGGAGGAUUGGGAUCAAAGUGCACCACAGGGGGGACUAGGGAACAAGGUUCUGGCUCUUCCCUUUCCUGCUGAUUUUGUGUUUGCGUUCUGAAACCACUUGUUUUUAAAGGGAAAACUUUGUGUUAGAAGAGGCAGGGCUGGAAACACCAGCAGACAGUAUUCCUGGAGGAAGUUCUGCAUGGAAACGGAUUUUAUUAUGUAAUUCUCCCACUAAUCUUUUGGGAUCCUUGGUUAGGAUUCCUCUAACCCAGAUGCAACAGAUGCAACCGACUCCUAAAGCAGCUUUUCACAGCUCAGGGGGCAUUGCCAGGCUAAAAAUCCCACUGAUUUUUUUUUUUUUUCCCUUUAAGAUCUCUAGAUUUUUUUUUUAAAAGCUUGGGGCCUUAACUCUUCAUGUUGUGUUGAUUUUGUGCUCAGUGCUGCAGAGACUGACCUUAAUUUGAGCUACCCUUAGGCUUAGUCUAUAAACCAGCUUUUUCUAGUGCUUCUGUUUGGGAGGUUUGUAAAUUUUUGAGACUUAUUUUUUAAUAAAAAAACUACUUUGGGGUGUUUGGACUGUGGAAGAGGAAAUGCAGAGCUGCUGUCUCUGAGUGAAAACAGUAAAGAUUUUAAGAUUAAAAUAUUUUGGGAUAGCAGUGCACAGCUGUGCCCUGUGGAGGUAGUGGGAGAAGCUUGAAUCUCCCCUGAUUUGCCAGAUUAUUGUUGAUUAAAUGUUCUUAAGUUCUGUUUGAGAAAGUAUUGUAACUGUCACUUGUUUUCAAAAUAAAUUAUCCUGCUGUGUGAA